AUGGCCCGCACCAAGCACCCGGCCGUCAGGAAGACCAAGGCGCUGCCCAAGAAGCAGCUCGGGACGCGCCCCUCGGCCGGGACGCCGCGGCGGCAGGAGACAGAUGGCGCGGGCACGUCGGCGACUCCGAGGCGAGCCGGGCGGGCGGCGGCCCCAGGGGCGGCUGAAGGGGCAACUGGGCAACCCAAGCAGAGGAAGCCACACCGGUUCAGGCCAGGCACGGUGGCACUGCGGGAGAUCAGGAAGUACCAGAAAUCGGUCGACUUUCUCAUCCCGUUUGCACCAUUUGUUCGUCUGAUCAAGGAGGUCACCGACUUCUUCUGUCCUGAAAUCAGCCGCUGGACUCCCCAAGCGCUCGUUGCAAUUCAAGAGGCUGCAGAGUAUCACCUCGUCGACGUAUUUGAAAGGGCAAAUCACUGUGCCAUCCAUGCAAAGCGUGUUACCGUCAUGCAAAAGGACAUACAGCUCGCGAGGCGUAUCGGCGGGAGGAGGCUUUGGUGA